CAGUCCUUUGAUCCACUGCACACAUGUACAGCUUAUACAACAAUCUACAAAACAGAAACAAAUCUGAUGUUUUUGACAGGUCAUUGUAAAACUAUGAAAAUUUUAUUGACAUUGCUUCUUGCAGUUACUUUAUUUUGUCCUGUUCAAUCAGAUUUCAGGACUUGUGAUGCAGGAUUUCAGUGUGGCAAUGGGAGGUGUAUCUCAUUAGUCUGGAUGUGUGAUGGAGACAAUGACUGUGGUGACGGCACUGAUGAACUUCUUUCUUCCUGCACUGUCAGGAACUGCAGUCUAGAUCAAUUCAGCUGUGGUGAUGAAAGCAACAGAUGUUUGCCUAUGCGAUGGAGGUGUGAUGGUGAAAGGGACUGUCAUAAUGGUGCAGAUGAGGAAGGCUGUGCUGUCAGGCCCUGCAGUCUAGAUCAAUUCAGCUGUGGUAAUGAAAGCAACAAUUGUUUGCCUAUGCGGUGGAGGUGUGAUGGUAAAAGGGACUGUCCUAAUGGUGAAGAUGAGGAAGGCUGUGCUGUCAGGCCCUGCAGUCUACAUCAAUUCAGCUGUGGUGAUGAAAGCAACAAUUGUUUGCCUAUGUGGUGGAGGUGUGAUGGUGAAAGGGACUGUCCUAAUGGUGAAGAUGAGGAAGGCUGUGCUGUCAGGAACUGCAGUCUAGAUCAAUUCAGCUGUGGUAAUGAAAGCAACAAUUGUUUGCCUAUGCGGUGGAGGUGUGAUGGUAAAAGGGACUGUCCUAAUGGUGAAGAUGAGGAAGGCUGUGCAACCAAGACCUGCAGACCCGAUGAAUUUAACUGUUCUCCUAAUAGCAACACAUGUGUGCCUAAGCGGUGGAGGUGUGACGGCGACAAUGACUGUGGUAAUGGUGCAGAUGAGGAAGGCUGUGCCUUUUCCAAAUGCCAACCGGAUGAGUUCCAAUGUGGUGACAAAUCUUGUAUCAACGGCAGCCUCCGGUGUGACCAUGAGUAUGACUGCAAAGAUUUAAGUGAUGAGCUGUACUGUGUUAAUGCAUCCAAUUGUAAAGCCCCACACAUGUUUAAGUGCCGCAAUGGGAAAUGUAUUAGCAUGGAAAAGGUUUGCGACAAGCAGCGUGACUGCAGGGAUAUGUCCGACGAGCCAUUAAAAUGGUGCAAUGUGAAUGAGUGUUUAAAAAACAACGGAGGUUGCUCUCAUAUGUGUAAGGACUUAAAGAUCGGUUAUGAGUGCGAGUGUCCCACCGGCAUGCAUUUGGUGGACAGAAGACGCUGUGAAGAAGUGUCCAGCUAGUGACAGCUGGUGUUGGUUCUCAUGCAGAUACACCAGCACACCAACCCUGCAUGGAGAUGUCCAGUCCUUAAAGGCCUAGCUGUUCUCUAGAUGAGCUGAAUUUUAAAAAAAAAAGAGGAAAAUGUAUACAAAGUGAUUAAACGAGACAAUUUCAAUAAAAAAUAUUAUGUUUCA